UGAUGACGACAGCAGGGGCAGCAUGGGCAGCAAGGGGAACCUACCCUCGGACGGUCUCGCUCUCUGUUUUACCCGCAACGCCAGGUGUCUUGGUGUGCGUUCGUUCCUUCGAGCUCUUUUUUUGCUUUAAAGUUUUGUGUGGUAGCAAAUAAAAUUUUAGUUAGUCACUUGCCGUCGUCAAGGAUACGCCGUUCAGUUAUUUGUUGUGCAACGUUGUUCCUGGCAACCACGACCGACGAGUCCUCGACCAGGAAGGACCUGUGCCGUGUGAAGAACAUUUGAAUGCGAGCGGUACGAAAGGAGCGAAAAGGACUUUUCAGUGCCAGGCUCGAAACGAGUGCUAGCGACAGGGAUAGCAAUAUUAGCACCUGUCUAGAUCUAGAAAUAUUUUUAUAUACUCGUUUAUUAUCCGGCCGGUAGGCAGGCAGGAGUGCAGUCAGCGUCUCUGCUAGCGUCAACGUCGCUGCCUAGCUCAACUUACAUAGCAGCAAAUUCAAAUUUGAACUUCAGUCAAGUGUCAAAGCUCAAAGGAUUAGCAUGUCCUUGCAGCUGCAGCAUGUGUGAACCAGUGAAACUCACUGCCAAAUAUAAUUCUGAGAAACAAAUUCCUCACUAAGUUGCCCAAAAACUAAAAGGAAAACUCACUAAGAAAACCCAAAAGGAUCAAACUGAAAAGUGUUUUUUUAUUAUCAACGCAUUUUGGAGAAACUAACUAAAGUGCCAAUUAGUGAGAGAGUUUUUCGAAACGUGCAAGAAAGGAAUAUGGCGCCGCAACAACAGAACUCCACAUUCAUCGAUGAUAAUCUGGACAGCUGUCCAUCGCUUUUGAAUCUACCCGAAAGCCCCAUUCUACCGCCGCGACGAUGUCAAAAUCAAGACACCAACAAUAAUAAUAAUAAGCAGGCUGCAUUCGAGGAGCGUUUGGUGGUGGAUGAAUCGGUGGGGGAACCACCAUUAGCACCGCCUUCCAAAGCGCCAGCACCAUCAACACGGCAAGCAUGCAAAAAUAAACACGGCAGGGAAAACGGAAAUGUUGGUCAGGCCAGUCGUCGCCACCGUUCCAUUUCCCUCUACGGCGUUAAUAGCACUGUGGAACAAGGCCACAAGGAAAUUCCCAUCUGGAUGGACGAUGGCGAGGCGCGUUACGUAUCGGGAGUGACGAACAAAACGACUUGUGAUGACAUAAUCAAGGCCCUGAUUGAUGACGAACUGAGCAAUGGCAAUGGGCUUUACUGCGGCAAUAAUCCGAAAGAUGGCGGCCAGAGGAAUACGGCGGCAGCAUCGCGUGUCUACGGCGAUUACAUUAUAACGGAAAGUUGGGGCGGCAUAGAGCGGAGCUACGAUGGCAACAUGGCCAUUUUGCCCGUUUGGCGCGCUUGGAGCCGUGUACACAAUGAGCUCCGUAUAUCAUUAAAACAUCGUGAUAACUUCAAAGAUCCCCUGGCCAUGCAAUUAGUACCCCUUUCACAACCACACACGAGUUUUUCCAUGAUCAAGUGGCUAAAAAAACUACUCCACCUUAAGAAAGGAAAGAAGGCAUUACCGAAACCGGCAAAAACGCCACCCAAAGUGCCUAACAAAUUGAAGGAGAAGAGCUUGCUUAACCAAAAGCAAUUGAUGCAUGAUGAUUUGGUUAUGGUUUUAAUGCCAGAUCAAUUAUAUAGGGGUACCGAUAAUGCUGUCAAAGCCAAGCUUUAUAAACUUGCCGAGAAUCGGGUCUCAAAACAGCGACAUCGCAGGCGCAGUCGUCAUGAGAUAACCAAAACUUCAUUAGAAACAUUCAGAACAGCUAUUCCCAGCGAGGCCAACAAUAAUAAUUAUAAUAUUAAUAAUAAUUGUAUAAGAAGGCGAAAGGAUAAGCCAUUGCGCAAUAGUGUUCGAAAUAAAUUGGCAUCCCUUCAUGCCGACAUGAAUGUUCGCUAUGAGAAGGAAUAUGCACUGACACGUCAGCUUUCUGAAAAGUGUCGUCUGUACCGAUUGCAAAACGAACGUUACAAGGGACCGGAAAUGGAGCUAUCGGUCGGGGAAUUGCAACAAAAUAUCGAAGCCUAUGCUGAAGACAUUAUCAAAACGGAACACGAACUUCUUGAAUUAAAGAAUGAGAUAAAACAUGAUAUAUCUCUGAUCAAUAAUUUAAAACGUCUCACUUUGGAAGAAACAACGGCAGAUACUGUCUGUAAAGGAGGCGUGGUAAAAAUGCCACAGCCCUCACAUGAAAUUAAGAAUACCCCUCCAGUUGCUAAAAAUACGCAGGAAAUGCAGUUUGUUGAUAAUAUUUACGAAUUUUGCGAUAAUAAUGCCAGUAUGUUGGUAUAAUUGUAAACAUUUGUAAUUUGUUA